GCGCGGCGUGGAGCGGGAGCCGGACGCGCGGCUGGGGCUGGGGGCUGGGAGCGCGGCGCGCACGGCCUCCCCGCGCGAGAUAGGCGCCCGCCACCGGGCGAGGCCGGCGCCGAGAUGGCAGACAUGGGCAGCAAGGGGGUGACGGCGGGGAAGAUCGCCAGCAACGUGCAGAAGAAGCUCACCCGAGCGCAGGAGAAGGUCCUCCAGAAGCUGGGGAAAGCGGAUGAGACCAAGGACGAGCAGUUUGAACAGUGCGUGCAGAACUUCAACAAGCAGCUGACUGAGGGCACCCGGCUGCAGAAAGAUCUCCGGACCUACCUGGCCUCUGUCAAAGCCAUGCAUGAGGCCUCCAAGAAGCUGAACGAGUGUCUGCAGGAGGUGUACGAGCCGGACUGGCCCGGCAGGGACGAGGCCAACAAGAUCGCCGAGAACAACGACCUGCUGUGGAUGGAUUACCACCAGAAGCUGGUGGACCAGGCGCUGCUGACCAUGGACACGUACCUGGGCCAGUUUCCCGACAUCAAGUCACGCAUCGCCAAGCGGGGGCGGAAGCUGGUGGACUACGACAGUGCCCGGCACCACUACGAGUCCCUUCAGACGGCCAAGAAGAAGGACGAGGCCAAGAUCGCCAAGGCCGAGGAGGAGCUCAUCAAAGCACAGAAGGUGUUUGAAGAGAUGAACGUGGAUCUGCAGGAGGAGCUGCCAUCCCUGUGGAACAGCCGCGUGGGUUUCUACGUCAACACGUUUCAGAGCAUCGCGGGCCUGGAGGAGAACUUCCACAAGGAGAUGAGUAAGCUCAACCAGAACCUCAACGACGUGCUGGUCAGCUUGGAGAAACAGCAGGGCAUCAGCACCUUCGCGGUCAAAGCCCAGCCCAGCGACAAUGCCCCUGCCAAAGGGAACAAGAGCCCCUCGCCUCCGCCAGAUGGCUCCCCUGCGGCCACCCCUGAGAUCAGAGUUAACCAUGAGCCAGAGCCGGCCAGCGGGGCUGCCCCUGGGGCCACCAUCCCCAAGUCCCCGUCUCAGCUCCGGAAAGGCCCACCCGUCCCUCCGCCUCCCAAACACACCCCGUCCAAGGAGAUCAAGCAGGAGCAGAUCCUCAGCCUGUUUGAGGACACGUUUGUCCCCGAGAUCAGCGUGACCACCCCUUCCCAGUUUGAGGCCCCAGGGCGAUUCUCGGAGCAGGCCAGUUUGCUGGACCUGGACUUCGACCCCCUCCCACCCGUGGCGAGCCCUGUGAAGGCUCCCACGCCCUCCGGUCAGCCCAUCCCGUGGGACCUCUGGGAGCCCACAGAGAGUCCAGCGGGCAGCCUGCCUUCCAGGGAGCCCAGCGCUGCUGAGGGUACCUUUGCUGUGGCCUGGCCCAGCCAGACGGCCGAGCCGGGGCCUGCCCAACCAGCAGAGGCCUCGGAGGUGGCGGGUGGGACCCAGCCUGCGGCCGGAGCCCAGGAGCCUGGGGAGACGGCAGCAAGCGAAGCAGCCUCCAGCUCCCUUCCCGCUGUGGUGGUGGAGACCUUCUCAGCAACUGUGAACGGCGCCGUGGAGGGCGGCAGCGGGGCUGGGCGCCCGGACCUACCCCCUGGCUUCAUGUUCAAGGUGCAGGCACAGCACGACUACACAGCCACCGACACGGAUGAGUUGCAGCUCAAGGCCGGCGACGUGGUGCUGGUGAUCCCCUUCCAGAACCCCGAGGAGCAGGAUGAAGGCUGGCUCAUGGGUGUGAAGGAGAGCGACUGGAACCAGCACAAGGAGCUGGAGAAAUGCCGGGGCGUGUUCCCCGAGAACUUCACCGAGCGGGUGCAGUGAUGCGUGAGGCCACGUGACCAGCGCCCCCGGUCCCGGAAAGAUGUGUGUUUCUUUUCUUUGUUUUUUUUUUUUUUUUUUUUUUUUUUUCCGUUGUUUUCAAACUCUGGAGAAGCAAAGGGAUGCUGCGAGGGAAGAACAUGCCCAGGCCUAGAGGUGUUUCCCCGCAGAUGGGGAGGGCUCACAGAGAGCCCGGCCCCGGCCAGCCCGGCGGCCUCGGCCAGAGUUCCCGAAGCUGCUGUGUCUCCCGCCCUAGUUGAGUACCCGGCGUCUGCACCUGUGCCCGCAUGUGUCCCCCAGCAGCUGCUGAGUGGGGCGCAGGCGCCAGCCCGGCCUGUUUGAAAAUAAACCCCAGUGUUCCAAACAGAAGGAAGCGAACAAACAAACAAAGCUGACGAA